UAGCCUGAGACUCAAGACUGUUCCAAAGCUAGGCUUUGAAAACCACAUCAGAUAAAAAGGCGAGGAAUAUUUCGAGUUGAAAAUUGACCAGAGAAACUGCUGCAGCAGAUACUUUAAAGCCAUUUGUGCGCAUAACUCAGAAAGGCAGGAUCUUAUAUCUUAUAUCUUAUAUUGGAUGAGCACUUAGAAUCRAAGUCUAGGAUCCGACGUCGCUUCAUAACUGAAUUUCUGUAGAGAGAUAGUUGGCAGUUCAGGUUAGACAUAAUCUGGUUCUUGGAAGUUUUACAAGCAGUGGUCAAAAUGGUAAAUUCUACAACCGCCAGUGAAGACAUUAGUGAGAGAAGAACGCCGAUAUGGGUCAUCCAAAUGAUUCUCUACUGUACAAUCAUUGUCGUUGGAAGUUUCGGAAAUGGGAUUAUUUGCUGGAAUGUGUUCACGAAUAARCAGCGAAGAAUCAGCGAAUAUUUAAUCGCGAAUCUAGCGGUUACUGAUUUAGCAACGUGUUUGAUCAGUGUACCUUUUGAUUUCAUUGAACGCGUAACUGGAGAUUUCCCAUUCGGUUCAAUCAUGUGUUUUAUGAUCUACCCUUUUCAGACAAUACUGAUGGCGGUAUCAGUGAUAACUCUUUUGUGCAUGAGUCUAGAGAGAUACCGCAUCGUUAUGGCUCCUCUUCGACCGCGCAUGACGGCACAAAUAGCCAAGUUCUGCAUCAUUUUAGCUUGGGCUGUCCCAGUUAUUGUUAUCACACCUUAUGCACUAGUUCUACGUCUAGAAGGAAAACACUGCCUCGAAAUCUGGCCGGAAAAUUGGUACGUUAAGGUCUUUACUUUAUCCGUUUUUGUUCUCUUCUUCGUUAUCCCGCUCUUCGCGAUUGGAUUUUCUUACAUUCGCGCGGGGAGAAAGUUACAAAGAGAUCUUGUUCGGUUCAGAAAGAUGAGCGACACUCGCAGUAGAACGCAUGCUAUCUAUGCGCAAAAGCGCGCACUUCAAAAACUACAAAUAACCAAGAUUUUCAUCCUGGCUUUUGUAGUGUUUACAGUUUGCAUGUUUCCUAACCACGUGAUGUGGCUGUGGCAUGACUUUGGUAAUGGGUGGAAGAACAAAAACUUUCGGGAGAUUCUUGUUUUUAGUAACAUCUUGACUUACGUUAAUAGCGCUGUUGACCCGUUCAUUUUCCGUCAAAUAAGCAUACAAAUAGGAUCGAAUGUACGAGGAAUUGAGUUAUGUAUUGGAAGAGAAUGUCAUUGCUGCUUGAUUGUAUACGCUUUGAGGAUCAAUUCACUUGUAGCUGAACGACAGAAUGCCAUUCGGAAGAAACAUAAGAGGCGUUCACGGAGCUCAAGAAAAACCUUUGAAAUCAGUAGUUCACAAAGUGUAAGAAAAACAAAGAGUCCGAAAGAGAAACAACACAUUUUGUAUGUGACAGCUGUUUAAGCGUGGAUGCUUCUAGCGGAAUUAAAAUGAGAAGGGAGAAGAGAACAAGACGGUGGCUUCAGGCGCGUAAAGUGUAAUUCCAGAACACUAUAGUGGCUUCUGAUGUCUGUCUUAACCAAUCACAAAGCGCCGGUUUUAUAAUCGAGUUACUGUAACAUACUGUAGCAUUUACACCUUCCAACCCGCUGUUUCAACUAUUUACAUCAUAUUUUACUUUCGUCCUACUUAAGAAAAUAAAAUUUGAAAAAAUUAAGAUGUCAUCAAGCCAGGGCUACCCUGGGUGCCAGAGGCCCGUGUGGGUAAGGCAGGGCGUGUGAGACAAGGAAAAUAGACAUCUACUUUUCUUUUCUUUCGUUUUUUCUUUUCUUUCUUCUUUUUUAGAAAAAAAACGCACAAAGUUUGCUCAGAAUAUAGAAGUGUACAGAGAAUAUAGCCAUCAGACGCGAGAAUAAGUAAGUCUCAGCUGGCUUCCGACAGCUAAGUAGAUUUGGUACCAUUAGGCUGGCUAGUUUGCUAAAUUGCGAGACAGAAAAAGGCUACACAGUGUGACAGUUGGGAUAUAAUCUCUCCGUCGUACUUGAGCAAGUUUUCGUAUCAGGAAGAUAACACGGAGCCAUUGCCUUUGCGGGAGAAAAUAAUUGAUUUCUAAAACGUGAUGGCACUCCAAAAUGGCAUAGCUUGAUAUGUCGGAUUACUCUAUAGUAUCGUUAAUAUUAUGUSCAAAACGUGACAGAUAUUCUUCGCGUGCUGAUAAUAUUAUUGUAAGGGAAAAAAUUUAAAACGUGUAUAAAAGGCGAUUAUUAACUCUAACACGUCUUCCGCUCUACGUGCCACAUUGUUGCCGCUCCAGAAAACGCAAUUGCAAUCGUCAGUUGUUGUUAAAUUGGAGGUAGACUCCUUUGCAGCCGUUCUUAGUGGCAGUCCGAAAAUCCCAGGGGAUGGAAGCGUUCGGAUCGACACUAAGGACGGCUGCAAAAAAGACUACGUUGGAGACGCAAGAGAAAAAUAAAGCUUGUGUUGUUUCUUGCGACAACCUCAGAACUGGAUUUAAAAGUAAAAACGUAACGAAAAGUUGAUAAUUCAAAAUGUGGAAAGAAAACUCCUCGUUUGCAAAUCUGAAUAUUCUAGAGAAUUCAACCACAGGAAGUCCAAACAAUGUACUUGUAUUGCAUUACAAAGAGAAUGCAUGUGGAAUCUCAUUCACAAUUUUCCAUACGUUGGUUCACUGGUCAAACACAACGCGCUCAAGCGAGGCGCCAAGGUACUUUGAAACGAUCAUUCAAAUUUGAACCUUGCAACCUUGACUGAAUGCUUUGUGUUUGACCAGUGAACCGAUGUAUGGAAGGCUGUGAAUGUCGUAAUAAUAUCUUUAAUAAAUUUGUAGUCAGCUUA